AUGGGUACAUGGGUCGGGAAAGUGGUUCAUCGGUGCAUUACCAUGGCUAUAGCUGACUUUUAUGUAGCUAACCCUCACUACAAAACACGGAUAGUUCUGAAUACGAGAGAUACCAAAGGAGAACCAUUGCUUGCAUUAUCUGCUGCUCUUGAUCUUUUGGAGAACACCAAAGUCCACGCAAUAUUAGUCCCCGACUCUACGGUUGAAUCAAGAUUUUUAGAGAUUUUGGAAGAAAAAGAUGACGUGCCAAUUCUUUCGCUUUCAACAAGUCCUUUUUCCAAUCAGAAUCCUAAAUUUCUUCAAAUUGCACAAGAUGAAAUGACUCAAUUUAAAGGCAUUGCUACAAUGAUAAAAUCUUUAAAACGGAAGAAUGCCAUUCUCAUAUGUGAUGACACAGCAAAUGGGAGAAAAAUGGCUACUUAUGUGGUUAGUGCUUUUCAAGAAACAAACAUUCGUCUUGCAUAUACUAGUUUCCUGUCCACCUCAGCCAGCAAUGACCAAAUUCGGGAAGAGCUUUAUAAACUUCAGGAUAUCCAAGCCACAGUGUUUGUUAUCCAUACAUCGCCUUCUCUUUCAUCCAAUUUAUUUUCCAUGGCGAAAGAGUUAGGCAUGAUGGGUGAAGGAUACAUAUGGAUUGUAACCAGUAAAACUACAAACCAUAUAAAUUUCAUGGAUGCUGAAACCAUCGAGUCUAUGCAAGGGGCAGUGGGUUUCAAAAUAUAUAUUCCAGAAUCAGAUGAGCUUCAUAAGUUUAAUUUGAAAUGGAGAAAAUAUUAUGAACUGAACCCCAUCAUGAAGUUUAAAGACAUAAAUAGUGAUGGUAUAUGGGCUUAUGAUGCAGUUUAUGCACUAGCAAUGGCUGUUGAGAAGGUACAAAAUUCAGUUAUUGGCGCAUCACUUCUAAACCAGAUUUCAAGAACUAACUUUCAUGGUUUAGGAGGUGAAUUUAAGCUUGUGAAUGGAAAAACCACCACAAAAGCAAUGGAAGUUAUAAAUGUGAUCGGGAAGGGUGAUAGGAGGGUCGGGUUUUGGACAGAUGGUGGUGAGUUUUCUAAAGAAAUAAGAAAAACAGACUCGACUCCUAAUAGUGGUCUGGAAAGUAUCAUUUGGCCGGGUGGGACUACAACUAUUCCAACUCGUAGGAUGCUACAAAUGAAUGGCAAGAAGCUGAGAUUUCUUGUUCCUGAUUUUGGUGGUUUCCCAAAUUUAAUAAAAAUGGCUGUUAAUCCCACGACAAACCUACCUACAGUGAGCGGAUACUGUGGAGAUGUUUUUAAUGUUGCAUUUAGUGCGCUUAAAUGUGGAGUAGACAUUGAAUUUGUCCCAUACCCUUAUGAGGAUGGAAGAACUUACAACGAUAUAAUUAACAAAGUGUAUCUUGAGGAAUUUGAUGGUGCUGUUGGGGAUAUAACAAUCACAUCAAAUAGAACUAAGUACGUUGACUUCACAUUGCCCUUCAGUGAUUUGGGAGUAGGCAAAUUAGCACGAAAUGCCAAGAAAGGCAUGUGGAUCUUUUUAAAUCCUCUUAGGGCAGACCUUUGGUUCACUAGUGUUGGGCUCUGUCUCUUUUUGGGGUUUGUCAUUUGGUUUAUUGAACAUCGUACAAACCAAGAUUUUCAAGGUACAACAAGUCAGCAGAUUGGAACAACCCUCUGGUUUUCCUUCUCGACCCUUGCUUAUGCCCACCGGGAGAAGCUGCAAAGUAAUUUGUCAAGAUUUUUGGUCACUCUUUGGGUUUUUGUAGUGCUUGUGUUAACUUCAAGUUACACUGCAACAUUAAGUUCACUUUUAACAGUACAACAAAUUGCAUUAAAGGAUGGAUCAGAUCGAUUCCAAAGUAGUACCGCGUUGGGAGGAGCUGUCUAUAACAAUGUAGGAUUAACUGGUCGCAUAGAGAUAAAACUGUAUGCACCUGAUGCAUAUGCUAAAGCAUUAGGAAAUGAAAGAGUUAGUGCAAUCAUUGAUGAGAUCCUCUACAUCAAAACAGUUCUUGCAUUGUAUCCAUCUCCCGAGUUCUCCUUGGUUUCAACAGCAUCGACCACUAACGGUUUUGGCUUUGUGUUCAAGAAGGGUUCACCGUUGACCAUACAGAUGUCGACUGAGAUAGAAAAGCUGCGUGAAGAUGGGGUGCUAAAGGCGUUGGAGAAUAAAUGGUUAAAACGUGAAUCUUCAACGAUAUCCACAGACUUUUCCCUCCCUCCACCCACCAUUUUGAAUCUUUACAGGUUUCGGGGUCUGUUCCUUAUAAGCGGGAUGUCAAUGGUUUUGGCGCUUUUGUUGUCUGUAGUUUAUAUUGUCCGAGAAAACUGGUAUCGCAAAAGUAAGAUGGAGAUAUUGAGGUCCAUCUUAGGAAGAUCUACCGUAAUCCAUUCACAAGAUAGUGACAUGGAAUCAAUUCCUUAAAAUUUUCAUAUGGAGUUGAAUACAUUAUAUUUCUGGAAGUUGGGUCAAGAAUAUGUUUCUAGUAUGUGUACAAGGAUAUAAUUUAUCGUUCAAAUGUGUGUCUAUGCUUUUGCUUUAUCUAACUAAGUUUCUGAAUGUAACUUUAUGUACUACUGUAGCAAGGAAAUGCUAAAGAAAUGGAAAUAUAAUUCA